AUGCAAUCGUACGUCAUCAUUACCUCCCCCGAACCGGUCGGCGACGUCCCCCUGAUCUCGGUGUGGCCCCUCUGGUACCCGUUGAGGGCAAUAUCCAAGUCGGCCGCUGGAUUCCAAGCGCCCCUCUUCCUGCUGGCUCUGACGUGGCUGCUGCCGUACGCCUCUUUGCACUGCUGGGUCGAUGCGCCGACCCACCGGGGGAGCCGGGCCCGGAACAGCGGGUGCAUCGACGGGACGCACGCCGUCGCGACCGCCAGGUUGACCUCAGUCGACGACAGCGUCAUCCUGAUGUCGUAG